UUAAGAAAAAAUUGAAACAUUUCCCGUUUUUUAUUGACAUUUUAGUGAAACUCGUAGUUAUAGUCCUGUUAUAUUUGAAUAUAAAAUGACCAGAAUAUUUAUUUUUAUUUAUAUGUUGUUGACCGGCUUUAUUCUGCCAUAAACAAUAUAAAAUAAAGUGCAAUACAUAAACUUAAUUUCUACAUCCAACAAAAGGUAUGACGCUAUACCUUUGGAACAAGAAGCUGUGGAAGUGGUAGAAUGUUUUUUUGGCACAGAAAUGAGUGGGCGGGGCACUGCACAGGUGAGUGACGGGGGAAGGAAAUUUCAAACAGGAAGUUUGGAAAGGUGGAUUGUUGUUUUGUCGAAGAACACAAUAACAUUGAAACGCACGGAUGAACCUCGCGACGCGGAAGGAGAGAGAGUUUCUUUGAAUUGGGAGGCGGUUGAACGAAAGUCUUUUGGAGAGAUGCCAGAGAGGGCAAGACACCACCACAGGAGUGACGUGUAUGCAGAGUACAGCAGGGAGAGGGACUCUGCAUACUAUGGAGACCCCUCUCCGUACGAUGACAGAGGUCGCAACCAGAAGCCAAGAGACGUGGGCGAGAGAGGCCCUGCCGGUGACAGGAGGGCCAAACAUGACAGACACAGGGACUUGACAACUGACAACGAGCCACCGGCUCACAGAGACAACAACCACCACCACGAAGGACUCUCCAGACUGUCCAGAGACACACCAGUGCUUUACUCUGAAGGGGACAAUUAUGAGCAGCAGCACAGACAAGCUCUUUACAACCUUAGAUACAUCUUGACCAGCAGAGGUCUGUGUCAGCUUAUGGAACUGUUUGUGAAUCUGCUCCUCGUCAUCUGUGCCGGAGUGCCUUACAGCAACAACGGGGGUUACCGUGACCUGGCCAGCCUUGGCGGAGUCUACUAUUAUCACUUUGGCGGCGCCAACGCCUUCACUGGAGCUGACGCAGACAGGGUGAAGGAGCUGGACAGGCUUUUCCAUCAGCUCAAGCGGCCGCCGUACGUCUUCACGAUGGCCUGCGGUGGGCUUUUAAUGACGUACGCCUGUGUCAUGCUCGCCCUGGGGAUUUUCAGAGUCCCUUACCGCUGGCCCCCUGUGCUGCUGGGGGAGGCUCUGCUGAACUUCCUGAUUGGCCUGGGUUACAUCCCCGCCCUGGCCUUCUACUUCAUUAAGCUGCAGGAAACCUACAAUAAUCCCAUCUGCGACGAGAGAGAGCAGAUGUACAAGAGCAAAGGGCACAAGGGCUUUGACUGCCAGCUCCAUGGUGCGGAUAUCGCAGGAGGGCUCUUUGGGGUGAUGGGGGUGUUUGUUUUCAUCUCCGGUACGGUGUUAGCUGUCAGAGCCUUCAGGUCAGUGCGGGAGCUAAAAGGGCAAAGGAUAAGUGAGGACAAUAAUUUUUAAGCUGCCUUUUCUCCUCGACAUAUGGCAACGGUGGGAUGAGUAGAAAUCCCUGUGAGAAGAAACAUUUAAGGUUUUUUUUUAAGUAGGUCUCAUUGUUUUUUUUUACUCUUGAUGUAUGUGGUUAGUAUCAGCAUUUUUAAAAAAAUCUCUUUUUAUACUGUGAUGGAUUUUUUUCUUUACAUUUGAUAUUGGAGAAUACUUUAUUAUUACCUCUCCUCCAGUUUACAUACCUGUUUCCGUGUCUCUUACAUUUUGUGUAAAUGUGUUCUAAUAAACUACUCUAAUGGCA